UUUCCGGCGCUCGCCUGCGCCUGGAGUGCGGCGGAGCGGGGCAAAGUUUUCAUUUCUGUGGUUCACGGCGACGUUUCUCUCUCCCAGGCGCGGGCGGGGGUUGCGUGAGCCCGCUCCACCCGGCGCGGACCCUCCUGUAUCCUCGCCGUCCCUGCUGGAGCAGCGGCGAGGGGCUCUCGGCGAUGGCUUCGUGGGGCGUGGAGGCGGCGGCACGGCGGGUGGCGGAGCUGGAGGAGGAGCUGCGGGGUCUGGCGGAGGAGCUGAGCAGCUGCCAGGCUGAUAAAGAAUUUGUGUGGUCACUGUGGAAACACCUGCAAGUGUCAAGUCCAGAUCUUAUGCAAGCUGUCGGCUUGGUUGUGGAAAGAGAAAAACAGAAAGCUGAAGUCAAGGACAGAAGAGUUUUAGAGCUUUUAGAAGCCAAAGACAGCAAAAUAGAAACACUAGAACAGAAACAAAAGGAGAAGGUGGAAGGAGAGGAGAAGUUAAAGAGUGUGAGACUCACAGGACAGCACGAGGAGAUAAACAACUUAAUGCAGAGAAAAAAUGCUGUGGAGGAGGAAAAUGCCUGUCUGAAGAAUGAAUUCAGUACCUUGAACCAGAAAUUUAAAGAUAAAAGCCAAGAACUUAAGGACACUGAGGAGUGUGCACAGAAGAAGGAAGAGCAAAACAGACUGGUUAUAAAAAACCUGGAGGAGGAAAAUAAGGGAUUAAAUACAUGCUGUGCUGACCUACUAAGUGACCUGGAGAAACUGAGGAAGCAGCAGGCACAAUGGAAAAUGGAAAAAUCUGGCAGUGAUGCCAUAAUAAAGAAUUUGAAAACUGAUUUAGCAGAGGCAAGAGAACAAAUAAAAGAGUUACGCAGUAUAUGCGGUAACUUGUCAUCUCUGGUAGCUGUGAAACAGGAACAACUCUUCCGAAAGAAUUGUGAUGUGAUCAAAGCUAAGAAGGAGUUACAGGAGUUGCAGAAUCUUUGUGGACAAAACACUGAAUAUACAGCACAGCAGGCUGAGCUGAUAAAGCAGGUUCAGGCUCUCAAUGCUAAUACACAAAAAGUAAUGAAAGACCAAGAAGAUGCUCACACAGCUGAAAUAACAUUAUAUCAAAAACUUUAUAACGAGUUGAGUUUAUGUUUUGAAACUGUUAAAACAAGUGAAAUUCAACUGCAGCAGAGCUGUGCCUCUCUUCAGGAUCACUUACUUGAAAAAGAUAAAACAAUUUGUCUGUUGCAAGUCCAACUUCAGGAAGCAUAUAAUGCUUCUAAUGCAGUACAUCAGAAUUCUUCUCCAAAAUAUCAGAUGCAGGAACCACCUGUGAAACGUUCAAGGUCUCUGUCCCCAAAGAGCUCUUUUAGAGAGUCAGAGGAGCUAAGGAAGCUUAAAAUAGCUGAAAGGAAGACUGAAAACUUAGAGAAGACGCUACAGCUAAAGACUCGAGAAACUGAUGAGCUAAGAGCAGCCUAUGAAAAACACAAAGAAAGGCUGCAGAUGUUACAGACCAACUACAGAGCACUAAAAGAACAAUUAAAGCAGUGGGAAGAGGGUGAUACCAGGCUUGAAAAUAGUAAAAGCGGAUACCGGCAUGCAGACUCCUGUCAGCUUUGUCAAGAGGAUCCUGACAUGGUGUGGAAUGAACUGGCUUUUUUCAAAAGGGAACACAAAAAGCUGUUGAUUGAAAAACUGAAUCUUGAAGAAGAAUUGCAUCAAAUGAAAAUACACCAAUCUGUGGAGCCACUUUUUAAACUUCGUGAAGAUGAUGGGGUCAAAAAUAAUACUGUGGUGAGGAAUAUGAGAGAAGUUUCACCUCAGAUGUUACAGAAGAUGCAACAACUAGAAAGAAGAUUAAAUGCUAUUGAAGGGGAAUUAAGGAAACAGAAAGAAGUAAAUAAAUGCUUAUUGAAUCAGAAAAUUUAUUUGAAAGAAUCUUUAAAAGUACAAAAGGAAGAUGCAGACACAAGAGAAAGAGAGCUGGAAAUGCUACUUAAGAGGACUUGUGAAAUAAAAAAAGAAAAAUCAGAACUUCAGUUAGUGACUGAUGAGAAGGAAAAAGAAGCUGCCUCUUUGAAGAGGCAAGUGGCAGAAGCUAACAGGUUGAGAAAUGAAAGUGAAGAUUUGCUGAGUCAAGUGCAAGAGCCGAAAUGCUUGCCGGAUAAAGCCAAAGCAGUGACAACCUCCGGGCAAUGUAAUUGCAAGAUAACAGGCACCAAGGUUAAAUUAAAAACAGCCAAGGAAAAGAGCUCUUUGGGACAUCAUGGAGCUUUUCUCAAACAGUCCAUCAAGGUUAUGAGUAAUGUAUUUGAGAAGUUCAGUAAGGACGGCUGGGAGGAUGUGAAUGAAAGCAGUGACUCUGAGAUACCAAAUUCUGAAAGUUUGGAAACAGUGAUUAUGAAGACAGUGCAAAACAUUGAUCCACUGCCAGACAGAAGUAAACAACAAGAAAAAAAGUCCUGCAACACUGUUCAUUUAGAAGGCAAAAACGAGCAAUAUAAUCAAAAGUGCCAUUCACAGAAUAAAGACCUAGAAAAGUUACAUUCCAAGAGGAGGAAGAUCUGCUAUCUUGUAACAUCACAUCCAUCGAUUCUAAGCAAAGUGAACAGAGCAAAAAGGAGAAAUAUCACCAUCCAGAAACCAGGCUACUCUGUUACUCUACUGCAGGAAAGAAUUAAGUCAUUGCAGAAGCAGAUAGCUGUUUUAAAGAAUGAAAAAAAUACUGCAGUUGCUUCUGUGAAGGAGGUGAAAGAAACCAAUGAAAAACUAACAAAUCAGCUACAUUUGGCUAAUCAGAGACUUCAAACUAGUAAACUGACCAUAGAGAUGUUGACCUCCAACCUGGCCAAGUGGCAACAGGAGAAGGAAGAUUUACAAGGAAAAUUAAAGUUGAGAGAACACCUGUCUCAAACUGCUGGCAAGAGUAAAGCCACACCAGCUCCUUCAAAGAACAUUGAUUUAGAGAUGAAACAGCUGCAGUGCAAACUAAAGAAUUCGAAUAAUGAAAUCACUAAGCAAUCGACCACCAUUAAGUCCCUAAAAAACGAAGUUCAGGAAAAAGAAGAACGGAUUCGGGAACUACAAGCAAAAAUUUCUCGAUUGGAGAGGGACUUUACUGUGAAAAGACAUUUGAUAGAAGACCUAAAGUCUCAUCUGAAAGCAAGUCAAGAAAAUGAGAAAACCUCAAAUGAAACAUUGGAAAGUCUUGAGAGAAAGGUAAAGGCACUGGCUGAAGACUGUUCAGGCAAAAAAACUUCCAUUGACUCACUGAAACAAAGACUUAAUGUAGCUACGAAAGAGAAGUCUCAGUAUGAGCAGAUGUAUCACAAGGCUAAAGAUGAGUUGGAGAAAAAGGAUCUCAAGCUUACCAAACUAGAGAGCAAAAUCAUUGAGACUGAAUCUGCUAUGACUGAACUUGAGACUGCUACAUCUGAUCAACUACAUAGCUUGGCUAAACAGAGUGCAGAGGCUUUGGAAACAGUACAGAAGAAGUUGCUGCUCACAAGUGACAAAGUAGAAGAAUUCAAGACAUUUGUAAAGACUCUCAGCAGAGAGUUACAACACAGCAUACAAGAGCUGAGAACAAAAAUCAAAAAGGCAAAAAAAGUGGGCAAGAUGAAAGCAUGUAAAAACUGUCUUUCCCAAGAGUCUGUUCAGUUGGCAGCAUCUAUCCUUAAUGUUUCAACAACUGAUCUUGAGGAGAUACUAGAUGUAGAAGACGAGGAGGAAACAGCAAAGACAAAAAUGGAAUUUGAAAAAGAUAAAGAAUGGCUGCAGCGUAUACAGAAACUUACGGAAGCACAGGUCUCUACUCACUGCCUGUCCUCUGAUCACACCCACAUAUUGACCCGUGCACAAGUAGCUGCACACACUCACCACUGCAACUCAUCACCAGAAGGGAUAUCCAAAAGAAGCAAACUUAAGGUCAGAAUAAAUAGGUACAACAUUAAGGAGGUGAAAUCUAUCAGAAAUGAAUGAAGUCAAGCUAGGCCAGAAGAAUUAGAGACUUUGAAGUAAUGAUAUAGUGUUCUCGAAGAAAACAUAUUUAGACAAAGAGAGAGAGCAAUUAGAGUGAACAGGAUGCUGGAGUCUGUGUUUUUAAAGCAUGAUAGCAAAUAAGUCUCACAGAAUGUCAGGUAAGAUUAUGUCUUAUAUUACGCUGAAUAGAUUUGUGCUCAGUGAAUUCGAUCCCUCUAUUCCCCCAAAAGUCAUCACAAUAGCACACAGGAGAAAACUGACAGGUGUAGAUGACUACUAGAAAAUUCUUACCAUAGGCAUAAGUUAUUUAUGACAGAUGGAGACAUGUCUGGCCAGAAGUACCAGCCCUUUAAAACUCCAUUUCCUGUAGAAAAGAGAAAUAAUGUGUAUUAUUGUCCUUUUUCUGUAACUACAAAGUGACUGUUCAGCAACAUGCAGAAUUGCCAUUAUAGACACUUCACAAUGGAUGAUUGCUAUUGAUAAGAUUUUCCUUGCUACCAUUUUAGACUUUUUUUCUGACUUGUUAGUAAUUGCAAAUUUCAGUAUAGAGAUUCAUAUCUGUAUAUCAGUUCACACAUUACAUCAGCAUUUGUAUUUUAUGUACUUUUAUAUCUGGGUUUUUUAUUUGUUUCUUUUGUAAUUUUUGUUUCAUAUAUCUAGGAAACAGGCAGUACUCCAUCUGGCGUAGGUACUAUAUAAUUUUCUCUUUAAAAUGGAAUAAAAAAGUGAAAAAAUAAAAUCAGGGCAGCAACACUGAACUAGACAGGAAUUCUAGUUGAAAAAGUAUUGCAUUCAACUACAGUUGUGAAAAGCACAAGCAGGUGAUUGGCUUGUUUCACCAAAUGCUAUAUUUUACCAAAUUUUUUUCUGGUGGCCUUAUUAAGGUAAAAUUCUCUCUCCUUCUGAUAUGAGAAAAAGCUGUUAACUGCUGGUGUGGGGCUGAUCCCUCAGUCACCACUGGUCUCUCCAGGAGUUCAAGGAAGCUGACAGAGCUCUGUGAAGCUGAUAGAGACUUUUCGACAGUGAACAAAAACUGCCUUGCUCUCCUCUGUGGCACAGCACUGGCCACUCUGAGUGGCGCUGCCAUGACCAGUGUUCUAUACCACCUUUAAAAAUACUUCCCAGCAAACAGUGAACUGACACAUCAAGACUGUGAAAGAAAACCCCUUAAGCAUUAAGGAGAUGACACUGAAAAAUAUACCAAAUAUCUUUCUUUUAAGGCAUCAGUUAUGCAAAUACAACUCUUAUACAGAGGAGUUAGAAAAGAGGGCUUCAUUUUUCUCUGUAGAUAUCACAGAAUCACAGAAUAUUCAGAGUUGGAAGGGACCCACAAGAAUCGUCAAGUCAAACUCUUAGCCCUACACAGGACCAUCCCCAAGAGUCACACUAUGUGCUUGAGAGUAUCAUCCAAACACUUCUUGA